AUGGCUGUCAACGACAAGGACGUCGAACAGUGGAAGCAGCGCUUCAACGAUGUCCUGGCUCGCCCUGCCGACCACAUCAACCAGCGGUCGCCCGACGGCGCCCAGUCCUGGAGCGAGGCCUUCUUCGGCUGCUGCAGCCCCAUCGACCUGUGCCUCAUUACGUACUGCCUGCCCUGCGUCACCUUUGGCAAGACCCAUCACCGUCUCCACAAGGAUGGUUCUCUCCAGGGCUACGAGCCCAUCAACACGUCGUGCCUCCUGCUUUGCGGCAGUGCCUGCUUCGGUCUGCACUGGAUCCCCAUGUCCCUGCAGCGCGCCGACAUUCGCUCCAAGUACAACCUCGAGGGCAACUGCAUCGUCGACAUUGCCGCCUCGUGCUGCUGUGCGCUCUGCGUGUUGACCCAGGACGAGAAGGAGGUCACGGCCCGCGACGCCGCUGGCCAGGGCAACGCUGGUGUCAAGCAGCAGUACCAGCCCGACGGCGGCAUGGCCUACCCGGCGGCCGCGCCCGCUGCGGCUCCGGCUGCGGCUCCGGCUCCCCAGUAA